AUGUCCAAAUACCAUGCCCGAAGACAUACAAUGGUGGAGGACGUGUGUGUCCCGAAGCACUUGCUGUCUACAGCAAAGUUCGAUUCACCAUGGGAGAUGAAAAAAUGGGAGAAAUCUCUCCCCGAAAAUGAUCGUGUCCCCUAUACACUGGCCAGAUCUGCAAGCCAAAAGCAAUCUAGCGGUCUCUCGCGCUCUAAAUCUCUUGGUGGUCUUGCUCGUUCUGCUAGUCUUUCUACUUUGCGGGUUCCAAAACGCCCCGAUGCUACUCGACCGCGUAGCAACCCUCCUGCAUUACAACUCUGGGAUGAGUUCAAGCAACCUGUACCAUUAUCACCGCCCCUGGAGCAAGACGAACCUAUCACGCCUAUCAAAGAAGCCGCCGUCCAUGCCAGUCCCCCAAUGAGCGCUAAUAGCUCGGAUACCUUUGCUAGUAGUCAGCGGAGUAGUAUGCAAGAUGUGUAUGAAAAGGCCAAACUGAGAAAGGUUGCUCUUCAACGAAAAUACUGGGUGCGACUUCUAUUCGAAAUCGGCUUCUAUACGUUCCUUAUUUUGUUCAUAUACUUCGUCUUGAUCGGAAUGCCCCUUUGGAAGGGUGCAGUAUGGUGGCUCUACUGGGUUAUCAGCAACAAAUUCGUCAUCCCAGGAGGAUGGGCAAUUCUUCUUGGUCUGGCAUUCUUAUAUGCUUUCUUGCCGCUCCUCAUUCUUUUUGAAAAGGAUCCCCCAGCAGUGCUGGUUCCUACCGAUGCAGAUCUUGAAAAGCAAGUAUCAAAUGCAGAGAACACAGCCCUGCUUAUUCCCUGCUAUAAAUCUGCACAGAUUAUUGGUCCAACUCUGGACGCUGCUCUGAAAAUCUUUCCUGCUGAGAACAUCUUCGUUAUUGCUAAUGGAAACUCGGAAACUCCACUCGACAACACGGAAGACGUCUGUCGCCCGUAUGGAGUUAAUCAUCUUUGGGUACCUGUUGGUUCAAAGAUCGUUGCCCAGUUCGCUGGUUGCUACGCUGCAAAGGGAUUUGAAAAUGUUCUUCUUAUCGAUGAUGACUGCGCACUUCCACCGAAUUUCCCCGUCGUCAGCAACAGAUUGACGAGCUCCGUCAGGUGUAUUGGAUACACUAUUAAGAGCGUUGGACCUGAAUCAUCCAAGGGAACAUACUGUCAACAGGCGCAGGAUCUCGAAUACAAAAUGUCCGGUAUCCAGCGAGCUUUCUUUGGUAUGCUGGGAAGUGCCACUUUCCCUCAUGGUGCUAUCUCUUUAUGGAACACGGAGUUUCUCAAGCAAACAUUCAAUGAGCAUCCUGGUUUUUCCGUAUCCGAGGACUGGUUCUUCGGAGAUGCUUGUCGACGACUUGGAGGUCGAAUUACCAUGUGCUCAUCUGUUUUCGUCGAAACCGAGACACCAUCAGCAGUAUUUUUCGCUAGAGGUGGUAGCCGCGGUGGAUUCGGCGAAAUGACUGUCUUUAAGCAACGAUUUAAGCGAUGGAACUUUUUCUUCGUUAUCGGAAUGUACUAUGACCUCAAGUACAUCUUCACGAGCUGGAAGCUCGGCUGGUGGGAGAUCGGAGCCAAGCUCUGUGUUUUCCAAGAGGUGUACGAAACUCUCAUUUAUCUUCUCGCUCCUUUCGUUUUACCCAUCUCUUUCUACGUCCGCCCCUCAUUCUGUGGUAUUCUCCUUGGUGCAACUAUUGGCAUGUACAUUGUCAACGUGUUGGUGUUCAAUGAGAUCCACCUCCGACUUAAGAAAGAGCGCAUCGACUGGAAGGUCCUUAUUCUAUACUACACAUUUUACAAGAUUGCUUUGACUGGUAUCAACGUUUUCAGCUGCUACUGGUCGCUAUACAAAUACGCUCGCUACUUUGCCAAGCGCCAUCCAAAGGUCAUUGAGGACGAAGAGGCCAUUGGUGUCGUUCUAAGUCUUGAACGCGAAGUUGACUCGGAGAUUCCCACCAUCCAGGAGAACGUUGCGAGUACUGUUAUUCCGCAGGAUGCAGAUGCUAACCGAGCAUAUAAAAGAUUGACUUUAACUAAGGUUGAGGCUCCGCCACAAACCAUGGAUGAAUUUUCACACGGACCGUGGGUAUAA